AUUCAUUCUGGAACUACUGAUACUGGUGUUUUGAGACUAAGCCUGUUCCCUCAUUGUUCCUGUGCAAGCAGGCACCAUAAAAAUGAAUAUCCAGGGGAAAGGCUUCCCUUUGGAUCUUGGAGGAAGCUUCACCGAAGAUGCUCCAAGGCCACCGGUCCCUGGUGAGGAGGGUGAGCUGGUUUCUACAGAUCCAAGGCCAAUCAGCCACGGCUUCUACUCUGGUAAAAGUGACGUGAUUAAAAAUGAGACUUCUACAGCAACACCGAGGCGCUCUGAUCUGGAUUUGGGGUAUGAACCUGAGGGGAGUGCUUCUCCAACUCCACCCUACCUGAAAUGGGCUGAGUCGUUGCACUCCUUGUUGGAUGAUCAAGAUGGGAUAAAUCUGUUCAGGACUUUCCUGAAGCAGGAGGACUGUGCAGAUUUGCUGGACUUCUGGUUUGCCUGCAGUGGCUUCAGGAAGUUAGAGCUCUGUGUCUCCAAUGAGGAAAAGAGGCUCAAAUUGGCUAAAGCUAUUUACAAAAAAUACAUUCUGGACAAUAAUGGGAUAGUAUCCCGGCAAAUCAAACCAGCCACAAAAAGCUUCAUAAAAGAUUGUGUCAUGAAACUGCAAAUUGAUCCUGACAUGUUUGACCAGGCCCAAACUGAGAUUCAGUGCAUGAUCGAAGAUAAUACCUAUCCUUUGUUCCUUAAGUCAGAUAUUUAUUUGGAAUAUACAAGGACAGGUGGGGAAAGUCCUAAAAUUUAUAGUGAUCAGAGCUCAGGAUCUGGGACAGGAAAAGGACUGCCUGGAUAUUUGCCUACUCUUAAUGAGGAUGAGGAGUGGAAGUGUGACCAAGACAUCGAAGAGGAAACCAGCCGAGAUUCAGCCCCAUCCAGCAGGCUUACUCAGAAGCUGCUUUUGGAGACAGCCACCCAACGUGCCACAUCAACCAGGCGAUAUAGCGAGGGAAGAGAGUUCAGGCAUGGGCCAUGGAGAGAGCCAGUUAACCCUUACUAUGUCAACACAGGGUAUGCUCUGGCACCAGCCACCAGUGCGAAUGACAGUGAGCAGCAGAGCAUGUCUAGUGAUGCAGACACCAUGUCGCUGACAGACAGCAGUGUAGAUGGGAUCCCCCCGUACAGACUCCGAAAGCAGCAUCGCCGAGAGAUGCAGGAAAGUGCCAAAGCAAAUGGACGUGUGCCACUACCUCACAUUCCUCGUACGUACCGAAUGCCAAAGGAUAUCCAUGUUGAACCACAGAAGUUUGCUGCAGAGCUGAUCAAUCGCCUGGAGGAAGUACAAAGGGAACGUGAAGCAGAGGAGAAAUUAGAGGAGCGCCUUAAACGUGUUCGAGCGGAAGAAGAAGGUGAGGACGCAGACAUCUCUUCUGGUCCUUCAGUCAUUAGCCACAAGCUGCCUUCCACCCAGGCCUUGCAUCACUUCACUCCUCGUUACUCUGAGAUGAGUUGUGCUGGGAUGCAGCUGCGAGAUGCUCAUGAAGAAAAUCCGGAGAGCAUUCUCGAUGAACAUGUACAGCGAGUAAUGAAAACUCCAGGUUGUCAGUCCCCUGGACCUGGCCGCCAUUCACCUAAGCCCCGGUCACCGGAAAGUGGCCAGGCUGGAAAGAUGCAAGGGACAAUACCUCCAGGGCAUGGCAAGCAUGCAACAAAAUCAGGAAUGAAACUGGACGCAGCUAACUUAUACCACCAUAAACAUAUCUACCACCACAUUCAUCACCACAGUGUGAUGAAACCGAAGGAGCAGAUUGAGGCUGAAGCCACUCAGAGAGUGCAGAACAGCUUUGCUUGGAAUGUAGAUUCACAUAACUAUGCAACAAAAUCCCGGAACUACACUGAAAGCAUGGGCCUGGCUCCCAACCCUGCGGAUUCCUUGGGCUACAGUGGGAAAGCGAGUCUGCUCUCAAAAAGAAAUGUCAAGAAGACUGAUUCAGGGAAAAGUGAUGGUGCCAACUAUGAGAUGCCCGGAUCUCCUGAGGACGUGGAGAGGAACCAGAAAAUCCUGCAGUGGAUCAUCGAAGGAGAGAAGGAGAUCAGCAGGCAUAAGAAAACAAGCCAUGGCUCCUCAGGUGCCAAGAAGCAGCUGGCCCAUGAUAUGCCCAGACCUCUCUCCAUCGAGCGCCCUGUCGCUGUGCACCCCUGGGUCAGUGCCCAGCUCAGGAACAUCGUCCAACCUUCUCACCCGUUCAUUCAAGAUCCUACCAUGCCGCCCAACCCAGCCCCCAACCCUCUGACGCAGCUGGAAGAAGCACGCAGGCGACUGGAGGAAGAGGAGAAGAGGGCUGGCAAACUGCCCCCCAAACAGAGGUUGAAGCCUCAGAAGAGACCAGGCAAUGGCGCUUCCCAGCCAUGCGAGAAUAUCGUGGUCGCAUACUACUUCUGUGGAGAGCCCAUCCCUUAUCGCACCUUGGUCAAGGGGCGCGUGGUCACGCUGGGACAGUUUAAGGAGCUGCUCACCAAGAAAGGGAACUACAGGUAUUACUUUAAAAAAGUGAGCCAUGAGUUUGACUGCGGAGUGGUGUUUGAGGAGGUGCGUGAGGAUGAGGCCACCCUGCCCAUCUUUGAGGAGAAGAUCAUUGGAAAGGUCGAGAAGAUUGACUAACAGGAGAGCCAAGAGGCCUGGGAAAGAUUUUGGAAAUCUCAGCAGUCUAGAGCAGAUCCAGAGUCGGUGCUCUGGGAGGCACAGAUCCCUCGGUACUGGGCUGACCCAGGCUGAGGGAGGCACCUCGAUCCCUCCCGAGGACUUCCAGGAGCUACGCGUUGCCAGUGGGAGGAGUUCCACCACACAGACUUGCCGGUGGGAUCCCCGCCGGGCUCCCUCUCCAGACAGAAUAUUACGUGUAUUGUAGCAUUGUACAGUUGCAUUAGAAAGUGUAAUAUGACCUUGUUUACUAAAGCUGCAUAUUUUUGAUAUAUUGUAAUAAAAGGAAAAUCUUUCCAAUGUCACAGUGCUCUUAUGUAAAUGUAAGACAUACAGGUACUUCGGAGCUCACCCAGCGUGUACAGCCAUCUGUCCAGCUCGGCAUGGAGCCUUGCCUUCAUCUGACCCUCCCCGUGUCCUGACAGUGGAUGGCUUUUAGUUGAUGCUACUGUGUGUGUGUUGAGGUGGAGAACUCCCUCGGGGAAGUCCACACAAGCUGCUAUCUCAGAUGCUGAUAUGGAAGCCCACACUUUGGCUGGCUCACGCUGACAGUACAAAGGCCACAGUAGUGCAGGGUUGAAAAUCUGGGUUUAUGACAUUUUAACAAGCCACUUUUAAUCUGUUAACCUUGCCCAUGUUUUAAGCCACCAGAUCUCCUAGGAGCUUUUUCUCCAAGCAUUCUUGUGACUGAGUAAGCAUUGGAGGAGAGGGUUUGUAUUUAGGAGCUCUUAACACAGUGGUCUUUUGUUAGAGCACCUACUGCGGCUGGUUGUCACUGGAGUCCAUAAGUGUCUGGUUCCUGCAACUCAGGUGCGUCCCAGUGAGUGUUAGCUACAGUCCAGCCAGGAGGGGGCACCCGGAGCAUGGUGCGCCAGGGUUAGGGUUGGGAUCAGCAGGUACCAUUUUGAUGAGAGCUUUCUUUGUGAAGUGCCGUCUCCUGCUCUUUUCUCCGCAGAUCAGAGGUGAUAGUUGGAGAAGUCUGGUGACGCCUGCUCCCAGCCAUAAGCCUUUCCCGAGCGCGUGCUUCGCCGGAGGGCUGUCAUCGUAUGUAAUUAGCAAUCAAAGAGAGCCCUCCAUUCAAGCCUCUUGCUUCUUAAGACUUAGAAUGUAACAUCCCGCGAGGGGGGUUGCUAGGCUGCAGAUGGUAAUAAUUUGUCGUGCUGUGGCAUGGCAUGUCAGCCCUGCCAAUGCUGAGACCUGACGUGGUCAUGGGAGUCUUAGCCAGAGCAAAUGUAGUGUAGAGGGAAAACCACUUGGAAACUUGCAGUUUCUGUUCCACGCGGCCAGGAAAGGAGAGAAACCUCACCAUGGGCUCUGCAGGUUGAUCUCUUCUGGUAGCACUGCUGCCAAUAUCUGAAUCCUCUGAGAAAGGGUGCUCUGAGAGACUGUGGUAAAUAGAGCUGUUUCUGCCUGUUUCCCCCUCGAUGGGCACAUCUAGGACCAUUUAUCAUCAGUAGAGCUGACCAGGAGUCUCCCGGGAGGAUACAUCCCCUAAGGAGAGCAGUCACCCUGGCUGCAGAGACGACAGGAUCCUCAGGAAAGGUUCCCAAAGGGCCAGUGUUUAUUCAGAAACAAGAAUGCUGGGGGCUCAGACUCCAAAGCGAUUGUUGUUUAAAUGUGCUCCCCACUGAGCACGCCAGACGGUCCAGGACACAGCCCGGAGCCUGCUGCUUCUGCCAGCAGCUGUCUUGUCCCUGCACCAUUCUGCAGGCCUCUUCACCGACCAGCUGAGCUCUCUUAAUCCGCCACACUGUGGAUCAUCCCUGCUCCUGAGUCCAGUGUAAAUAUUUGUCAAUUAAAUCACUCGGUGACCCAGACCCCCUUCAGAUACCAGGCCAUGCCCCGCCUGCAGAUCAGUGGGUCCAUUUCUGCCCCACAGUCAGGGUGUGAAGGCUUUCACAUCAGCACUGACUCUGGCCACGGUUGUUCUUCUGUUGUGUGUUCUCAGCUCUACUCUUUCUGUUGGCUGCAGCGUUGCUAGGCGCAGGCGUGGUGAUGACAGUCAGAGGUGAUAUAGUGGGAUAGGCCUGCGUGAUUGUGUACCCGCACAGGUAGGUUUGCCUCUCAGUAUAUUGUAUAUGUCACAGAGUGCCUUUUGAACACGGUUCUGUAACUUGCCUAUCACUAUGUGAAGUCCAGCAAAUGAGAAAUUGUUUUCAUCCAGGGAACUGCAUUACAAACAUUUUUCUUCUUCUUUUUUUAAGUUCGGAUUGUAUUCUGUGUCUGGUGAGAUUGUUAAUGUACCCGACAGCCACAGGUUUUCCAUUUGCCCUUGUUUCUGAAGGGUUCCACUGUAAAUAUGUACAUUUUCUAACCGCAGCGUCAGCCGCCAGCGGCAUGCCUACAAACGGCGUCUCCUGAGCGUUUUCAUGUGCUGACUUGUACAAUUAUCUUUUAAAAGGUACUUGGAUAAUAAUGAAAUAAAAAACCCAACAUCCAA